AUGUCAGCCGCCCAACAAGAAUUCGACGCCCUCUUCUCCGAGAAGUCGGCCUCCCGCGCCCACCCCGAAGACUCAGCCUCCCCCUCGCCCUCGCCCUCACCCGAGCCCGAACACUUCUACGAAAACGACGACCUCGACGCCGAACCCUUACCCAACGACACCCGCUCGCGCGACUUCGUGCCCCGCCUACGCUCUGGGGCGAACACGGGGCCCAAGGGCGUGAUAGCGGAUGCGCAGGCGUUUGAGGCGGCGAGACGGGCGGGGCGGUAUACUGCUCCACCUGCACGGGCGCAGAAGACGGCGGAGUUUGAUGGGGCGGGAUGGGAGGAGGAGGGGCUGUUGGGGAGUGAAGAAGAGGACGAGGAGGGGAGCGGAGACUUCAUGGAACGGUGGAGGCAGCAGCGGCUGAGGGAGUUGCAGCGGCCUGGGCAGGGAGGGUCAAGAUCGAGGUCGAGGGAGGGGAAGAGGAGGACGGUGUUUGGGAGUCUGGUGGAGGUGGAUGGGGAGGGGUAUUUGGAGGCUGUGGAGGGGAGUGGGGCGGGGACUGUGGUGGUGGUGUUCAUUUGUGAUGAUAUGUCCGAGAUCAGCGAGAUGGUGGAGGAUUGUGUGAGGGUGCUCGCGAGGAAGCAUCCGACCACGCGCUUCGUCAAGCUGGACUUUGAGGAGGCGGAAAUGGAGGGCGCGGGCGUGCCUGCUGUGCUUGCGUACAGAGGAGGAGAGAAAUUCGCUGGAUUGGUCCCGGUUGUGGACGAAAUUCCAGACGAUGCUGAACUGAACGCUACCUCUUUGGAGGCAGCGCUGAAAAGGUGA